GGCAAUUUCAGGGUAGCAGUGUAGUGUUUGGUAUACUUAGGUUAGAAUAGCUAUUUUCAUAAUUAAAAAUAUUCGUGGUAAAUAUGAAUGUCAUCUGAUUAGUACGAUGGUUUUCGAUGUUAAUAGUGAUUAAUAUUCAAAUGAAACAUUAUUGACCUAAGAUAAAUUUUUCGCGAUAAAACAGUGUAUGUUAAAGGUUGCCAAAAUAUCUACCAACUGUUCUUCUGUCAAAUGAUUUUUAUACGACUUUGAUAAGAAAAGACAAAUAAUUUAUAUUACAACAAUACUAAAAAGAUUUUUCAUACAUUAAACAUGGCCGCGAGUGAAUCAGGUGUAUCCUCACUUUCUAGGGAAGAUAAUUGGAGAAAAGACUUAAUCUUGCAGUUACAAGAAAGGAACAAGAGACAAACAUAUUGUUUUGCAGAUCUUAUUAGUUUACACAAUAGAUUAUUUAAAAAUGCAAAUACAUUACGUGGAGAAAAUAUUCAGCUAACAAUAACAAAUGAAACUCUCCGUCGAGAAGCUGCUAGUGGAACUCCUGGUUUAAGUGUAAAUGCUGAUCUCGAAGCUCGUCUUUUAAAGCAAGCAGAAGAACUAGCAACAUUGCAUAGAAGGAAAGGAGAACAUACACAGCAAAUAGUAGAUCUUAAUAAUAAAUUACAAGAAAUGAUGAAGGAACUUCAAGCUAAGGAAACAAGUUUGGCAGAAAGUGUGGAACUUAAUGCCAAUUUACGUUUAGAAAUAUCUAAAUGCCUUAGCAGAGAAAGAGAGUUAGAAAGUGUCAAUCAAAUGUUAAAAGAUGAACAUCAAGCUUUGCAACUUGCUUUUGCAUCUUUAGAAGAAAAGCUUAGAAAAGUACAGAAAAAGGCAAGCAAAGAUGCAAAAAGAGUUGGAGGAUGCAGCUCGUGACACACGACCAAUUAGUCCUGAUAGAUCGAGCUUAAAAGAAGGAAUUUCUGGUCUUCCUACAGCAGUACCAACGAAAGUAUCCGUCACACUGCACACGACGGCGAAGUUUAUGCUGUAAAAUGGUCUCCGACCGAGAGGAUGCUUGCCACCGGUGGAGCCGAUAGGAAGGUGAAGCUUUGGAAUAUCUCGAAAGGUGCUUCAGAGAAUAAGGGAAUACUUGUUGGAAGUAACGCUGGCGUGAUGUGCGUAGAUUUUGAUUCUACGGGAACUCUGAUCCUUGCGGCGUCGAACGAUUAUGCUAGCCGAGUGUGGACCGUCAACGACUUUCGACUAAAGGUAAGUCGAAAUGCUUGCAUGAUCUUACUCAAACUUUACUAAUCUCGAAACGAUAUAGUACUUUUUUCUACUUGUACCAUUACUUAAAUAUAGUUUAUUUGAAUUCGAAUAUUGAAUGACACAAUGGCGAGCAUACUAGUUCGCGAAUCCAUUUUAAUUUUUUAACUUUAUUGAUUUGUUUUUGAAGUGUUAA